UUUCCGGAGGAUAUUUUGAACUGUUUCCGGUCCCGCUCACGCUCCCUUCAAUUUAAAACGAGCAGUUUCUCUCGCUCUCGCGCACCUCUCUCUCUCUCUACCAUUUCUUCCGCUCUUGCAUGCUCGAACAUACAAAUACCCUUCUCCUCUCUCCGGACAUUGCAGGGUCUCGGAGCUCUGGAGUAAGGGCAGGGGCAAGGUUUGGUGGACGUGUUCUGUUUGAGAGCCAUUUGUUUGCUGUUGUCCAAAGCCUCUAACUAUGAAGAAAGAAAAUAUAUUUGUUGCUGAUAAUGGAGAGCCACCUGCUCGAAUCACACGAGCUCGAGCUGCAGCCCUUCGCUCAAUUAGUGGGAUGCUCCCUUUGAAACCAUCAUCUAUGAAGCAAGAUCAGAAGCGCAUUCUCCGAGGAAAUUCAAAAAGAGCAGCCUUGGAUGAGAACAGCCAUACUGCUCCUAUUGUUGCAUCUGUUCAGCAUAAAAAGAGGGCAGUGCUUACGGAUGUCACCAACGUCUGCUGUGAAAAUUUGCAUAGGAACUGCAUCAAUGCGACAAAAGUGCAGACUAAGGGCAGCAAAAAUACUAAGAUGUGUACUAGCAAGAAGGAUGUCAAGGUGGCCCCCGUUGUUGCUUUGGAAACUGCUCCAUUUCAAGUGGAUGCAAAAACAAAGCCAGUUGAUGAAAUAGAGGAAAGGGAGAAAUUAGAAACACAAGCAGUUGAGCUUUCAGCCAAAUUGGAACAAAAUGUACUAACAGAACAUCGUGUACAGUGUAUCAGCCAUGGGAGGAGCAUGGCAGUUUGUGGUGUUGCGAGUCCAGUGACAGACAAACAGACAUUCAGAAAGCUGUCUGUACUCGUGAAGCCUUCAAAGACAGGCAAUGAAGUUGAAGUGAAGCUUUCUGAUGAUCUGGGAAGUUCUAAAGGUUUGGACUUUACAGAUAUUGAUGCUGACCACAAAUCCCCGCAGCUAUGCAGUCUCUAUGCCCCUGAUAUUUAUAGCAGUCAACGUGUUGCAGAGCUCACCCGAAGGCCUCAAUCAAGUUUCAUGGAAACACUACAGCAAGAUAUCACUCAGAGCAUGCGUGGGACUCUUGUUGAUUGGCUUGUGGAGGUUUCUGAGGAGUAUAAGCUUGUUCCAGAUACACUUUACCUCACGAUAUAUUUCAUCGACCGGUUUCUCUCGCAAAACUACAUUGAAAGACAAAAGCUCCAGCUGCUUGGUGUUACCUGCAUGCUAAUUGCCUCGAAGUACGAAGAAAUUUGUGCUCCUCGUGUGGAAGAAUUCUGCUUGAUCACGGACAAUACCUAUACAAAGGAAGAGGUGCUUAAGAUGGAGAGUCAAGUACUGAACUAUUUGGGCUUCCAGCUAUCAGCACCCACCACAAAAACAUUUCUCAGGAGAUUCCUUCGAGCAGCACAGGCAUCUUACGGGGUUCCCAUGCUUGCAUUGGAGUUCUUGGCCUGUUAUCUGGCAGAACUGACACUGGUCGAGUACGAGUUCCUCAAGUUCCUUCCUUCUCUUAUUGCCGCAUCUGCUGUAUUCCUCGCCAGAUGGACACUCGAUCAAUCUGGUCACCCAUGGAGUUUGACUCUGGAACAUUAUACACAGUAUAAGGCAGUGGAUCUGAAAGAUACAGUUCUUGCUAUGCAAGAUUUGCGAUUGAAUUCCAAGGCUUCUCCUCACAAUGCCAUACGCGAAAAGUAUGGGCAACAGAAGUUCAAGUCUGUGGCGGCUUUGUCUUCUCCGAAACUGCCCGAAACGCUCUUCUGACAAAUACAGAGCAGAUUCCAACUGUUAACAUAUUGCUAUCAGAAUAAUGAGUCGUCUCUUUUUCAGGCUUCCAGUAGUCUCUUGACAUGGAAUGCCCAUUAUCUACUUCUAAUAUUCCAUUGUUGUUUGUCCUAUGGCUUCUGGUUCUUCCAGACCUUGUCCAUGUAACGUGCUGUUUAAGAAAGAUGAAGGCAUGCGGGUGCUGAUUAGCUUGAAAUUAAAUGCUAAAUAUCUAAUCUAUUUCAAGCUUUUCUAGCUCAUGAUGUAAAUUCAUUGAACGGUGGUCGAGAGAUAAAUCAUCGUCAGCUUGUAACGAGAGAAUGUAACUGUUAAAAGGUAGUUAAUGUACCCCAAGCAUCAUUCAGUUUCUAAUGUCAUCAUUUUAUUACAGUUUCA